AGGCCGUACGUUUGCGAUUACGAAGGCUGCGGGAAACGUUUCAUCAGGGAUUUCCACCGCGCUCGGCACCUCCUCACGCACACUGGCGAGAAGCCCUUCGAGUGCACCGCUGAGGGAUGCGGUCAGAAAUUUGGACUAAAAUCAAACCUGAAGAAGCACGUUGAGCGCAAGCAUCAACAUCAGCAAAAAGAGUAUGUGUGCGACUUCGAGGGCUGCAACAGGUCUUUCCGGAAACAUCAGCAACUUAAAGUUCAUCAGUGUCACCACACCAAUGAACCUCCCUUCAAGUGUAGCAGUGAAGGAUGUGGAAAGUACUUUUCUACUCCCAGUCGACUGAAGCGGCACGAGAAGAUACAUGAAGGCUAUCCAUGCAAGAAAGAAAACUGCUCAUAUAUUGGAAAAACUUGGACAGAGCUUCUGAAACAUAACAGAGCGAGUCAUACAGACCUCGUUUGCAGCGAGUGCUACAGAACUUUCAAACGGAAGGAUCACCUGAAGCAGCACCAGAAGACACACGCUGCAGAGAGGGAGGUCUGCCAGUGCCCGAGGGAGGGAUGUGGGAGAACUUAUACAACGCUCUUUAACCUUCAAAGCCACAUCCUCUCUUUUCAUGAGGAGAAAAAAACGUUCUUCUGCGAUUACCCAGGCUGUGGAAGAGUGUUUGCAAUGAAGCAGAGCCUCACAAGGCAUGCAGUUGUACAUGAUCCUGAAAAGAGAAAGAGGAACUUAAAAGGGAAGCGUUCUCGCCCAAAGAGGAGCCUGGCCUCUCGUCUGAGUGGCUACAUUCCUCCCAAAACCCAGCCAGGAAGGGACUCGGCUGUGGCAGAAAGCAAGACAAUGGAUGAGCCCAUGGAAAAUGAACUGCCAACUGUUGAAAUUCUGACUCUGCAGUAA